CGUCGCUCGGCGGUUAUUGUUUUCGUGGUCGCGGGAACGAAAGCUUCGAUUUCGAUUUCGGAUAGGCGGGCGGGUACCCCACGUCGUCGUAGUGCGAGAUUUAUGCGCUUGUGUAAUCGUGUACGCGGUACUGUGCUGCUAAAUUAGUGUUCUUGAUUGAUUGGAAAAGAAGCAAAAACAGAAACACCUUGAAGCCUACGGUGAUACUGAUAAGCCCUUACCCACUUAUCCGUGUGGACGAGAAGUUAAUUAACGUAAAAGCUCCGGCGUGUGCCUUGUGCGUUUGUGCGUCUUCCGUGCGACAACAGCCAUGGAGAAAUUGAUACAAGUUCUAACCAUUCUCUCGCUGGUAACACCGCUGCUCCUUGCCAGACGCAUCCAGCUCGUCAACAUCAGCCCGGAGGAGGCGCAAAAGUACAUCACGCAGCAAAGCUUGGACCUGCGGUAUGCGGCCAAGCUGGGCGAACAUCCGCUCGGCUACACGCGCAACGUUCCGGCGGAUCCAGCCACCUUCUACUACAACGGCCGGCUGAUCGACAAUCCGGAGGACUACGUGGAGGAAGAGUACGAGGCGAAGCAGUUCCACGGGCAGGAUGGGCUCGGUAGAGCAAUGUUCGGCUACAGUGACCACAAUCAGGCCCGGCUGGAAGCACGCAACGCGAACGGGGAAGUGCGCGGCUCGUACCAGUACGUCAACCCGCUCGGCGAGGACGUGAUCGUGCAGUACUGGUCCGAUGGGCUCGGCUUUCACCAGAUCGACAACCGACCGGAGGUACGCCUGCAGCCCGUCACGGACACACCGGAGGUGCGUGAGGCCCGCCUUGCCCACCUGAAGGCCUGGGAGGAGGCGGCAAACCUGGCCCGUGCCAACCCGGCCGUAACGUCCGGCGGCUCCGACGAACCGUACCGUGCGGUGCAAGCGAACACGGUGGAGGAAGAGCCCGAGCAGGACGAAAUCCUGGCAGCCGUGUCGAACCAACACCAGAGCCUCAUUCGGUACCCGAGUCUCCCCUACACCGAUCACAUCUCACCCAGUGUCUCCUCCGGCGGACAGCAAGACGAGGGAGUCGUCGUGGAGGCUGUGCGCAGUGUGAAGAAGCGUGACAACGAGCAGGACGACCAACCGGACGAGGCGGUAUCGGCCGAUCCGAAAGGGUUCUUCUACAGCUUCGACUAUCCCGUCCAGCUAGUGGCGGAAAGCGCCGCUAAGAAGGCUGCCCGUGUCGGACUGGACGAAAUCCCGCAGGAAUCGGUGGUGGUGGAAACGAAAGAAACGAACGCACCGAAAGCGGUCCCGUUCGAUGAUCGCGUAUCGCUGAAGGCUGUGCUGAGCGGCGAAACGCUCGUCGAUGCGGUACAUGAUGCUCAGGUUUCACCGAAACAGAGACUGCAGUCGGAGCGAAACUAAGUUUUUUUUUGGGAAGGAAUGCAUCAACAACCGGUUGCGAGGAAAAUCUAUCGAUCAACGACAAAAGUGAGAGAAGCAAAAGAGAUCUCUGAACGAAAUCCAGACUAUCUGCAGCAAUGUGUGCAGAAAUGUGUAUCGGUCCGCGUCAAUCAAUCGAAUUGUCAAACGCAAGCGCAAAAAUAAAACAAUCUGAAGGAAUGAAAAAUA